GCAUGCGUAAACAGAAUAAACGGAUAUAACGAAAGAUUUUUCUAUAGAAGUUUUAUGUCAUGCUCUAAUUCAGGACAGCUUUUAGCAAGUAUACGGUUUUGUUUUUGAAGCUACAAAUUGAAAAUGACAUCUCCGGCACUGCAAGAAGACAGCGAUGAUGGCAUGGACGAGUUUAUGGAAAAAUUCAAGACCCAUAAAUAUAAAAAUGCUUUCAACGAACGCAAUUGGGAAGAGGAGUUUGAUAAAGUGCCCAUGUUCAUGAAAAAAGCCCCCGAAGAGAUAGAUCCUGUGACACAUCCCGACUUGGCUUGUCUUCAGUCCAUUAUCCAUGAUGACGAUAGGCCCCCAGAAGAGCGGGCAAAGACCCUGAAAGAUGAGGGGAACGAUUAUUUCAAAGAGAAGAACUACAAGAAGGCAAUAAUAUCAUACACAGCAGGCUUGAAGAUAAACUGUACCAGCCAAGAUAUCAACACAAUUUUGCUUACCAAUCGGGCUGCAGCACACUUCCAUUUGGGUAACAUGCGUUCUGCACUGAAUGAUGCUCUGGCUGCAAAGAAAAUCAAACCAGACCAUCUCAAAGCAUUAAUAAGAGGUGCUCAGUGUUGCAUGGAGCUUCGUAACUUUACAGAAGCCAUCCAGUGGUGUGAUGCAGGUCUUAGGGCCUAUCCCACAGAUCAGAAGCUGCAGGAAGUAAGAGCCGCAGCAGACAAACAGAAGAGAGCAGCUGAGAGAGAUGCCAGGAAAGCCAAGGCCAAAGGAAAGAAGGAGCGCAGUGAGAGAGAUGCUCUUCUGGCUGCUAUAAAGGAGCGGGGCAUCAAGCUCCUCCAACCUAAGAAACCUCCUAAACGUGGUUCAGAUAGUGAAGAUGAGGAUGGAGACUCGGUUGCCGCCAUGGCAGAGCUCACCCUGGAUGGUCUCAGCUCUCAGGAUGCCACAGGGGCUCGGGUAUAUAUGGAUGACCAGGGGUCUUUGCACUGGCCGGUUCUUUUCCUUUACCCUGAACACCAACAGAGUGACUUCAUCUCUGAGUUCUGUGAGAGUUCUUGUUUCAUAAACCACCUGGUGGUUAUGUUUGGACAGGAACUUCCACCUUGGGAUAUGGAAAUGAAAUACCUCCCACAGAACCUGGAGCUGUACUUUGAAGGUCAGAAGGAGAUUUUGCACCAUGUCGACCCAAAGAUAUCCCUUUUGGAAGUGUUGCGGCAUGAAAGGUAUUUUGUGAAAGCAGGUACUCCAAGUUUCAUUAUUUUGGUAAAGGAUUCAUCAUUCUACAAGCAGUUUUUAACAGGAAAGAAGGUCAGGAGACUUUGAAAAUAACUUAUUUCUCCCCGAAACUCUUGGACUUGUCAAGACAUUAACUCCUGCUAAAUCAAAUGGAGUGGCUCAGUCCCACCAAAGGACGACUAAAAAGAAAACACUGUUAUCAUGGGGUCGAUGUCAUGUUACAGAUCCACCAAGUAUUCGCUCUAGCCCCAAAGACAGAGCACAGCAUAUGGAGCCACAUAUUGUCAAUUAAUUGCAGUACAAAAAAUAAAAUUGCUAAAA